GCCGAGCUCACGUGGGCCCCAGCGGCCCCCGAUCCCCGAGCCUCAACCCGGAAUCGAGGCUAUGGCCCGCUCCCGGCGCACCGGCGCGCACCGCGCGCACUCCCUGGCCCGCCAGCUGAAGGCCAAGCGGCGGCGGCCGGACCUGGACGAGAUCCAUCGGGACCUGCGGCCCGACAGCGCCGCUCGCCGGCCCCAGCCCGAGGACGAGCAGGACCCCGACCUCCCCGGAGGUGGCCAUCACCGCUGCUUGGCCUGCGCGAGAUACUUCAUCGAUCCUACCAGCCUCAAGAAUCAUUUGAAGUCCAAAGAUCACAAGAAAAGGCUGAAGCAGCUGACAGUAGAACCCUACACUCAGGAAGAAGCUGAGCGGGCAGCAGGCAUGGGCUCUUACGUGCCCCCCAAGUUGUUGGCAGUGCCCACAGAUGUAUCCACUGAGACAUCUGCCAUGGAGGUGGCCGGCUGAGGCUGCCCAAAGACGGAGGAAGCCUACAUUGGACAGUGAUGCUGGCCAGGCUGGGCUGGCUGGACUGUAUCUCUCCCCCAACAGCCAGAGCAGAAUCUUCUUAGUCUUUCCCAAUAAAGGAGCUGAGCUGCUAGGUC